UAUUUGUUGUUCUAUUUGUCAAAUAUUUAUUUUUAACUUUGAGGCAAUUGAUGUGUACUCAGAGAAGGUCACUGCAUAAUGCCAUCAACUAUCACCCUCCCUAUGUACAACAGCUGGAGACACUGCCAGUCUUGCUCCGACAUCAGCAACCCUUCGUCCCCUAUCCACUGCAGUAAUGUCAAGUGACAAAUUUUCUCUCCCGCAACGCUACAAAGGCACCGAGACCAACAUUUGGGUUGAAUUCAUUCAGCUGGCACUGGAGAACAAGCCUCUGAACCUGGGCCAGGGAUUCCCCGACUAUGGCUGCCCGAAGCACGUGACUCAGGGGGUGGCCGACGUCAUGGCCGACCCCAACCUGCUGCUGAACCAGUACACCCGCGGAUACGGCCACCCGCGCCUCGUCAACGUCUUGGCCAAGCUGUACGGCGGCGUGCUGGGCCGCACGAUCGACCCGUUCUCCGAGGUGCUGGUGUCGCAGGGCGCCUACGGCAGCCUCUACAACGCCAUCCUGGGCCACGUCAACCCUGGCGAUGAGGUGAUCAUCAUCGAGCCGUUCUUCGACUGCUACGAGCCGAUGGUGCGCAUCGCCGGUGGCCGGCCGGUGUUCGUGCCGCUGCGGCGGCGGCCCGGCGCCGCCACCGGCUCCUCCGCCGACUGGGCGCUCGACCCGGCCGAGCUGGAGGCCGCCUUCGGGCCGCGCACCAAGAUGAUCGUGCUCAACACGCCCAACAAUCCGCUGGGCAAGGUGUUCACGCGCGCCGAGCUGGAGGCCAUCGCCGAGCUGUGCCACCGCCACGACGUGCUGUGCGUCUCCGACGAAGUGUACGAGUAUGUGUUCGCCCCGGCCGAGCACGUGCGCAUCGCCGGCCUGCCCGGCAUGUGGGAGCGCACCAUCACGGUCGGCUCGGCCGGCAAGACGUUCAGCGUCACCGGCUGGAAGCUCGGCUGGGCGUACGGGCCGGCCUCGCUGGUGCGCAACAUGCAGGUGGUGCACCAGAACACGCUGUACGCGUGCAACACGCCGCUCCAGGAGGCGCUGGCGCGCUCGUUCGAGCACGAGCUGUCGCUGAUGGGCCAGCCGGAGUGCUACUUCACCUCGCUGGCGGAGGAGCUGCUGGCCAAGCGUGACUUCAUGGCUCGCUUCCUGACCGACUGCGGCAUGACGCCCAUCGUGCCCGAGGGCGGCUACUUCAUGAUCGCGGACUGGACAUCGCUCGACAAGAAGAAGAUCGACCUGUCGCCGUACGCGCCCGGUAAGCCGGACGACCACCGGUUCGUGUACUGGCUGGUGCACCACCACAAGCUGCAGGGCAUCCCGCCGUCGUCGUUCUACUCGGACGAGCACAAGAGCCUCGGCGAGGACUACAUUCGAUUCUGCUUUAUAAAGGACGACAAGAAUCUAGAAAAGGCGGAGGGCAUUCUGAAGCAACUGAAAGAGUCAAUGAGCGACUAGACCGGACGUGAUGACUGAGAGACUGCCGGCCGCCAGCUGAGCCUAUAUGUCCCGCGCUGGGUGGUGUGUCUGAACUGGCCGCUCAGCUGGCGCCACGCCGUGGUCGAUCAGAGUCAUUGGCUGGUUGACACCGCACCACAGUGGUGAUGAAACCCCUCGGGAGUUGGCAGGGAAGUGGGUCAAACCAAGUUUUAACCGGUUUUCCCAAAGUGUUACGUGAUGGUGUUGCUGCUAGCAUUUGCGGAAGUAGGGGGGGGGGGGGCUGCCCUGUUGGACAAGCAGUGAAGGCGCCGGACUGGGUCGGUUUAGUGAUGCUAACGUCCAGUAGUCCACCUACCCAGAGGCGGCUUUUGUGUUUUGGAUGUCUUGUUGCGUUAUAUUUUAGUCGAUAUGUGGAAAGUGUAGUGAUUCUGGCGUGCCCGAAGUUCAGUGGACAUUUGGUUUAGUACUGUCAUUGCCGCCCUGCUUAUCCCACCCUAACACGUGUGGACAUGAUUUCUCGUUUAGAAGAAAACGGGCAGGUUGGGUUUAUCGCACGUCAUCGACGAUGUGAUUAAUACGUCUCUAGUCUGUUCCACGUCAUGUACUCGCAAGACUAAUAUAUUGUUGACAAAUGA